AUGCGCGGCUUUCGACUCAAGUACGACCGAUGGCUCCAGGACUUUCCGCUGCUGACGAAAGGUGUCACGUCGGCCAUUCUCUUUGGUCUGGGUGACCGAUUCGCGCAACGACUCGAGACAAAUGACGACAAAAGUGACCGUGAAGAUCGUUACGGGCUCAAACGGACGGCACGGAUGAUGGUAUGGGGUGGACUAGUGUUCGGUCCCAUUGGCCACGUGUGGUACAAUUUCCUUGAAAAGACCAUUCGAGGCAAAGGCACGGCUGCAAUCAUCAAGAAAAUUGCAAUUGAUCAAGUCAUUCUCGCACCGCCACUAGCACUUGCUUUCUUCACAUAUGCUGGCUACUCUGAAGGCGAACCAUUGCAUGAUACAGUGAAAACUGCAGUGACCAAGUUGCGUCCAACGCUCGCAGUAAAUUGGACUGUUUGGCCAUUGGUGCACGUAGGCACCUUUGGCUUUGUGCCUUUGCAGUAUCGAGUUCUGUACAUCAAUGUAGCAAACAUUGGGUGGUCUGCCUUCCUAUCGCAAAUGGCAAGCAAAGAUGGUCAAGUCUCGGAAACACACAAGAUGGAACCAGCAACAGAUUAA